AAAAAAGGACAGGGCAGAUUGAUCUUUAUCCAACGGUUUUAGAUUGAAAGCGACAUUUACUAGACAUUACUCGAAACAGGCCCAAUCUUGAACAUGUCUGAUGAUAACGUAAACGCCGCUUCAGCUGCAAAGGCAGAAGAACUCAAGGCAGAAGCCAACGCUUUGUUUUCUGCAAAGCACUAUGCCGAAGCUAUCGAGAAAUAUACCGCUGCCAUAGAGGCAAACCCAAAAGUCGCUGUCUAUUAUUCAAAUCGUUCUGCCUGCUACAUCAAAACUGAAGCCUAUGGAUAUGCCAUUGCGGAUGCAAACAGAGCUAUAGAAGUGGAUUCAACCUAUACCAAGGGAUAUUAUCGUCGAGCUAUUGCGAACAUGGCUUUGACCAAGUUCAAGGAUUCUCUACGCGAUUUCAGAAUUGUUGUCAAACGAGCUCCUGCUGAUAAAGAUGCUAAAGCAAAAAUGAUCGAAUGCGAAAAGAUCGUCCGUAGAGUAGAAUUUGAAAAGGCAAUUGAACACAACGAAACUAUCAGGAGCGUGGCAGACACUUUGGAUGUAGAGGCAGUCACUGUUGAGGACUCUUACGAUGGACCAAGAAUGAACGAGGAAACAAAAACGAUUGAUAAGGAAUUUUUGGAUCAGAUGAUCGCUCGCUUGAAAGAUCAGAAGAAGAUUCACAAGAAAUAUAUGUUUAGAAUCAUUAUGGCCGUUCGAAACAUCAUGUUGGAGUCGCCUUCCUUAAUCGACAUCGACAUCCCUGAAAAUAGCAAACUGACCGUUUGUGGAGACACUCAUGGACAAUACUAUGAUUUAUUGCAUAUUUUUGAGCUCAAUGGCUACCCAUCAGCUACCCACACUUAUCUUUUCAACGGUGACUUUGUUGAUCGCGGCAGUUUCUCCUUGGAAGUGGUCUUGACACUGUUUGCUUUCAAAUGGUUAUAUCCCAACAGUUUAUAUCUUGCUCGUGGCAAUCACGAAACCGACAACAUGAACAAGAUUUAUGGCUUCGAAGGUGAAGUGAAAGCCAAGUUCAGUGAGACCAUGUUCAAACUGUUUUCGGAGACCUUCAACGCUUUGCCUUUGGCGCACGUCAUUAAACACAAGAUUCUUGUUGUUCAUGGUGGUCUAUUUUCAAAGGAUGAUGUCACUCUAGAUGACAUUCGUAAUAUUGAUCGACUCUCGCAGAGACAACCUGGCACGGAAGGAUUGAUGUGCGAAUUGCUCUGGUCCGACCCACAGCCCGAGAAUGGUCGUGGCCCUAGCAAGAGAGGUGUAGGCACGCAGUUCGGCCCUGAUGUCACUAAGCGAUUCCUCGAGCAUAACGGGCUAGAUAUGUUGAUUCGUAGUCACGAAGUAAAGGAGAAUGGAUAUGUCAUUGAGCACGACGGAAAAUGUGUUACAGUCUUCUCUGCUCCUAAUUAUUGUGAUAGCGUCGGUAAUAAGGGUGCUUUGAUCAACAUCACCAGUGACAUGAAAUUGGAUUACCGAACUUUUGAUGCCGUGCCACACCCUGAUGUACGACCAAUGCAAUAUGCCAGUCAAUUUGGCGGUAUGCUCGGUGUAUAAAAUGUCGAGCCUUAGGUGUCGAACAACCUCGGUAGACUUGAUGGUAUUGCCAGCAAUUAAUACAUAGAUUUCGCAAAAGAGUAAAGAAUCGAAGUGAGGGUCAAGACCAGAUUACAUAACUGAACCGAGUUCGCAUUUUAUUUUAUCAAAAAAAAAAAAGGAAAGAGAGAAAGACAUCCAGGCUUUCUG